AUGCAAGACACGGUAUUAUCAAUUAACUUCUGUGAAAUCAAAGAUUAUGAGAAAGGGUGUUCGAAAAGAAAGAAGAUCAAGUUUUCAUAUAAAGAGCACAUUUCAGUCAACUCUCAAUAUGCCAAGAAGCUCUAUAGAAAUGUGUUUCUUUCAGUGUAUUUUGAUUUGUUUCAUUUUUUAAUUUCUAUUGCACUUUGUGUAAUAAGUUAUGUUGUAACAGAAAAAGAUAGAAUCGAGUUAUAUUCUAUAUUAGAAACAGAAGCAAUUAUAACCAUAUUCUUGUUAAUCAUAUCUUUUUUUAAAGUAAUAGCUUCUCAAGAGUAUAUAGGUUUUGUGAUUUCCACAGUCACUUGUUUACUUGGUUUGAUACCAGAUAUUUUCUUUUUGAUACAAAGAAAGUCGAUUUUCACUUCUUGGGAAUAUCACUCGCACAUGUUCUCCUUUUCCUUUUUUCAUAUGAUAGAAGUCACUUAUUUAUUCAAUAGAAUAUUUCCACAAAUAUGGAUAUGGCGGCAUGCAAGUUUGUAUCAAACUAUAAAUAGAGUCUUACAAGCUGUAUUUGGUGUAUUUACAUUACUUUUUAUCUCGUCUUUUGUUUUCAUGUUUGUUGAAGGUGGGAUGCCCGAGUCUUUAUUUAACACGUACACCAACUGUUUGUAUUUCUGUGUAGUCACCGUGACGACUGUUGGCUUUGGGGACAUUUCGCCAAAGACCACGUUAGGCAAAAUGUUCUGCUCAUGUUACAUCAUUUUUUUCUUUGUUAUAUUUCCUAUUUAUAUCACACGACUCGUAUCGACUGCUUUAAAGGGGGACAAACGAAGUUUUAAGUACAUUCAAAGACACACUUUGAUAUGUGGAGAUAAGGCUCCAAUUCAACACAUUCUUCCUUAUAUUAAGAACACAACAGUCAUCAUAUCCCAACAAAUUGAUAGUGAAUUUGAAGAGUUGGUUGAUAAUAAGCGUUAUGUAUUUAAUGGCGAUCCCACAAAUGAAACUGACUUAAAAAAUUCCGGUGUGGAACACGCAAAACGAGUGAUCAUAGUAGCUGAAAGUGAUUCGAAAGCGUAUAUUGAGUGUAGUGCAAUCGCUCAAAUGACAAGUGCAUACAAAUUGUGUUAUUUAAAAACAAACAAAUUUGAGGAGAUGUUUCAUCAGAUAGGUGUAGAUACAAUUAUAGAGGAACACGCAAGAUUAAUGAUGGUUGGCGAAUUAUGUGUGCCUGGAUUUUUAAAGCUAAUGAAACAGUUGUACACAACACGCAAUUUAAGAGGCUUGCCAACAUUAAUGACAAUAGGUGUUCCCAAAGAGUGUGUAGGUGAAAGGUGUGAUGCUGUCGAGAUGUAUUUAUUUAGUGAGUUUAAUAUAGUUGUUCUUGCCAUUCAAAAAGGCAAAAAGCGUGAGUAUUAUGGUGGGGAGUUUCGACUAAAAGGUGACGAAAGGAUCUAUGUGAUAUCAAACAAAGAGAGUUACAAAUUACUUAAACGUCGCACGACGAAAAUAGAGAAAGAAAUCACUUUGGUGACAUCACAUGAUACACAUCACAAAAUUGAGAAUAUCAUAGAACAAACUGAUGAUGAAAAAAUAGUGCCAUUAGAGAGUCGAAUAAUAAAACGGUAUGAUAGAGAGAACCAUCGAGUCAUUUUUGGAUAUAACGAAGGUACAAAAUUAUUAAUAUCAAAGUUAUUAGAGAGAUGUGAAGAGGACAUUCUAUUACUUGUGACUCAUGUUAAACUUAUAAAUAGAAUAGAUGGCGAUGCUUGGAAUGAUAUCAAAGAGGGUAGAGUCUUUAUAAUAGAAGGUGAUUUAUAUGAUAAGAAACUGUAUAAGAAGAGUCGACUUGAGAAGA